AUGUCUGACUCUGCAUCCAGCUUCCUCCACAUCGGGGACAUUGUAUCCCUGUAUGCCGAGGGCACGGUGAACGGCUUCAUCAGCACGCUGGGGUUGGUAGAUGACCGAUGUGUGGUUGAGCCAGCUGCUGGAGAUUUGGACAACCCCCCAAAGAAAUUCAGGGACUGCCUGUUUAAGGUUUGUCCUAUGAGUCGGUACUCGGCUCAGAAGCAGUUCUGGAAAGCAAAACAAGCCAAACAUGAGAAGGACAAGAUUGGUGAUGUGGUUCUGCUACAAAAACUACAGCAUGCAUCAAAUCUGGAGCAGAAGCAGAACGAGACAGAAAACAAGAAAGUCCAUGGAGACGUGGUCAAAUAUGGAACUGUCAUACAGCUGCUCCACAUGAAGAGUAAUAAAUACCUGACGGUGAACAAACGGCUGCCGGCUCUGCUGGAGAAGAACGCCAUGCGAGUCACUCUGGACGGGACGGGAAACGAAGGCUCCUGUGAUUAUACAAAUGCACACUGCCUCUGCUGCGCUCCCCACACCCUAACGAGAGCAUGUUUGCGCCCUCUGCAGGUGAACUCUGUGAACUGCAACACCAGCUGGAAGAUCAACCUGUUCAUGAUGUUCAACGAUCACAGAGAGGAAGUCCUCAAAGGAGGCGACGUGGUGCGCUUGUUUCACGCUGAGCAGGAGAAGUUUCUGACCUGCGAUGAAUACAAGAGCAAACUCCACGUUUUCCUCCGAACCACGCUGAGGCAGUCAGCAACAUCAGCGACCAGCUCCAACGCCCUGUGGGAGGUUGAGGUUGUCCAUCAUGAUCCAUGCCGCGGAGGGGCGGGACAUUGGAACAGUCUCUACCGUUUCAAACACCUGGCCACUGGAAACUACCUGGCUGCUGAGGAGAACCCGGGUUAUAAAGGAGACAAUGUGGAGCUGUCUUCCUCGAUGGACGGUAGCCGUAGCAACAAGCGGUCCCACGGAGAGAGGAUCAAGUACAAGCUGGUCGCGGUGCCUCAUGGGAGCGACAUCGCCUCGCUGUUCGAGCUCGACCCCACCACGCUGCAGAAAACCGACUCCUUCGUACCACGAAACUCAUACGUGCGCCUGAGGCAUCUUUGCACGAACACCUGGAUCCAGAGCACCAACGUCCCCAUCGAUAUCGAUGAAGAGCGACCUAUCAGGCUCAUGUUGGGGACAUGUCCCACAAAAGAGGACAAAGAAGCGUUCGCUAUUGUUUCCGUUCCUGUGAUGGAAAUCAGAGAUCUGGACUUUGCCAAUGAUGCCAGCGCCAUGCUGAGCACUGUGGUGGACCAGUUCAGCCAGGGCUUCAUCAGUCAGAACGACCGCAAGUAUGCCAUCAAGCUGCUGGAAGAUGUGGUUUUCUUUGUGGCUGACGUCAUUAACAGCGGGCAGCCUGUCCUGGAUGUAGUGAUGACCAAACCUAACCGAGAGAGACAAAAGCUCAUGAGAGAACAGAACAUCCUCAAACAGAUCUUCGGCAUCCUGAAGGCCCCCUUUAAGGACCGGCCAGGAGGGGAAGGUCCUCUGCUGUGCCUGGAGGAGCUGGCCGACCAGAAGAAUGCUCCCUACCAGUACAUGCUCAGACUCAGCUACAGAGUCCUCCGGCACUCUCAGGAUGACUACCGCAAGAACCAGGAGUAUAUAGCGAAGCAGUUCGGUGUGAUGCAGAGUCAGAUUGGGUACGACAUCCUGGCUGAGGACACCAUCACUGCCCUGCUGCACAAUAACCGCAAACUGCUGGAGAAACACAUCACCAAGACCGAGGUGGAGACUUUUGUCAGUCUGGUCCGCAAGAACCGAGAACCCAGGUUUUUGGACUACCUGUCAGACCUGUGUGUGUCCAACAACGUGGCCAUCCCCGUCACACAGGAGCUCAUCUGUAAAUGUGUCCUGGACCCCAAAAACCAGGACAUCCUCAUUAAGACAGAGCGUCGUGUUCCAAAGGAGGCGCCCUCUGGUGGUGUUCAAGGAGACUACAUGGCAAUGGAUGACUUUGGAGAUGAGGAUGAGGUGUGGCUGAUGUGGACAGACAAAGCUAAUGAGAAACAGGAGAAAAGCAUCAGACAGCUGGCUCAGGAGGCAAGACAAGGAAAUGCUCAUGAUGAGAACGUCCUCACUUACUAUAGGUAUCAGCUGAAGCUGUUUGCCCGUAUGUGUUUGGACCGUCAGUAUCUUGCAAUAGAUGAGAUCUCCAAACAGCUGGAUGUGGAGCUGAUCUUCCUGUGCAUGAUGGAUGAGACUCUUCCCUUUGACCUCCGGGCAUCCUUCUGCCGCCUCAUGCUCCAUGCUCACGUAGACCGAGACCCUCAGGAACUGGUGACUCCUGUCAAAUUCGCCCGGCUCUGGACUGAGAUUCCAACCUCCAUCACCAUCAAAGAUUAUGACUCUAACAUGGACGACAGCAGGGACAACAAGAAGAACCGGUUUUCCAGUACUAUGGCCUUCAUGGAGGAGUAUCUUAACAACGUCCUUAAUGAUGACAUGCCAUUCCAUGACGAGGAGAAAAACAAGCUCACAUAUGAGGUGGUGAGUUUGGCCAGACAUUUGAUCUACUUUGGCUUCUACAGUUUUUUUGAGUUGCUCAGACUCACAAGGACCCUGCUGGGCAUCAUUGACUGCAGACUCAAUCCAGGACACGCUGGUCUCGUAUUCAAUGAUGAUGCAUCAGGCAAGAACGUGAAGCGCUCUAUACACGGGAUGGGUCAGAUGAUGUCGACCAUGGUCCUCAACAGGAAACAGUCCAUAUUCGGAGGUGCAGUUUCCAGAGGGGCAGGAAUGGGGCCAGCGCUUGUGCUUGAAGGACAAAGAGCCAGUAAAGAUAGUCUCGACAACAUGGACCUGACAGUGAUGGAUACUAAGCUGAAGAUACUGGAGAUAUUACAGUUCAUCCUGAAUGUCCGUCUGGACUAUCGCCUCUCCUUCCUCCUGUCUGUAUUUAAGAAGGAGUUUGUGGACGUUUAUCCCAUGGCUGACGCUGACGCUACCACUAAUAUGGAGCAUGCAGAUGUGCCGGUUAACAUGGACAUGACAGCCACCAUCAACCUGCAGUUCAUUGGAGAGCAGGCAGAGGCCAUGUUUGGAGUUGGAAAAGGGAACAGUAUCCUGGAGGUGGACGAUGAAGGUGGUCGCAUGUUCCUGCGGGUGUUGAUCCACCUCACAAUGCAUGACUACGCUCCUCUGGUGUCUGCAGCCCUGCAGCUGCUUUUCAGACAUUUCAGCCAGCGACAGGAAAUGUUACAUACUUUUAAACAGGUCCAGUUGCUGAUCUCCGCUCAGGAUGUGGAGAACUACAAGCUGAUUAAGGCAGAUCUGGAUCGCCUCAGGACAUUGGUGGAGAAAUCUGAACUGUGGGUGGAGAAGAAAAGCUCGGGAGGAGGAGACGGGAAGAAGGACAAGAAAGACAAGAAGGAAAAAACAGAGAUCCUGGAGAGGUUGAAUAAGAUGUGCAGCAGCGGAGUUUGGAAGAAGCAGCAGAGGCUGCUAAAAAACAUGGGUGCUCAUAAAGUGAUGCUGGACCUGCUGCAGGUCUCCUACGACAAGAAUGAUGUGAAGAUGCAGGAGAUCAUCAAGUAUACUCACCUGUUCCUGCAGAAGUUCUGUAUGGGGAACCAAGAGAAUCAGGCUCUGUUGCACAAGAACCUCAACUUGUUUCUCAACCCGGGGCUCCUGGAGGCGGAGACAGUGCAGCACAUCUUCAGUAAUAACUACCAACUGUGCAGCGAGAUUUCUGAGAGCGUGCUGCAUCACUUCAUCCACUGCCUGGCAACGCACGGCCGCCAUGUCCAGUACCUCAACUUCCUCCACACCAUCAUCAAGGCCGAGGGCAAGUACGUCAAGAAGUGUCAGGACAUGAUCAUGACCGAGUUAACAAACGCCGGUGAGGACGUGGUCGUCUUUUACAACGACAAGAACUCGUUUAAAGUCAUGCUGGAGCUGAUGGCAGAGAGCAGGGAGGGCGUCAGUGAGACCAGCCCACUCAGGUAUCACAUCUCUCUGGUGGAGCUUCUGGCUGCUUGUGCAGAGGGGAAGAACGUGUACACGGAGAUUAAAUGCACCUCCCUGCUGCCCCUGGAGGAUGUGGUCAGGGUGGUGACCCAUGAGGACUGCAUUACUGAGGUGAAAAUUGCCUAUGUGAACUUUGUGAAUCACUGCUAUGUGGACACAGAGGUGGAGAUGAAGGAAAUCUACACAUCCAACCACAUCUGGAAUCUGUUUGAGGACUUCACUGUGGACAUGGCUCGGGUCUGUAAUAAACGAGAAAAGCGUCUUUCCGAUCCCGUUCUGGAGAAAUACAUCAUCGGCGUGGUUUUUGACACCAUCAACGCCUUCUUCAGCUCCCCUUUCUCUGAAAACAGCACUUCUCUGCAGACUCAUCACACCAUCGUGACUCAGCUGCUUCAGUCGUCUGUCAGGCUGCUGGACUGUCCCUGGUUGCAGCAGCAGCACAGAGGGCAGGUGGAGGCAUGCAUCAAGACGCUGGCUGUGACAGCUAAGAGUCGCUCCAUCUCUGUGCCUUUGGAACUGGAGGCUCAGAUCAACACCAUGCUGUCCACGUCAGCUUUGAACUCUUUGUCGCGCUCCAAUCCAAACUACAAAUCCUCCUCCCGCCUCACCCGCCCUAGCGCUCCUACCAACCCCUGGGACUACAAGAACAUCAUCGAGAAGCUGCAGGACAUCAUAAACACUCUGGAGGAGCGUCUGAAGCCACUGGUGAACGCUGAGCUUUCGGUGUUGGUGGAUGUCCUCCAUCAGCCGGAGCUGCUGUUCCCUGAAGGAACCGACAUCCGACAGCGCUGUGAGUCCGGAGGAUUCAUUUCCAAGUUGAUCCAGCACACCAAGGCGCUGAUGUCUUCAGAGGAGAAGCUGUGCAUCAAAGUCCUAAAGACUCUGCAGGAGAUGCUCAUCAGGACUCUGGACUUUGAUGAAAAGGGACUAGUGCUGCGGAAAGUUUUACUGCAAAACUACUUGUUUCCAAACAAGAAGACCAACCAGAAGAAUGACUUAGCUGAACUUGGAGUUCCAGGCGGUGAACAGGAGCGGGACUGGGCGGCAGUGGCAGCAAUCCAGUGUCGUCUGGAUCGUGAAGGAGGAACGAAGCUGUUCACAGAUCUGGUGAUGAGCACCAAGAAUGAUAAGAUCUUCCAGGAGAGCAUCCAGCUGGCCAUCUGUCUGCUGGAGGGAGGAAACACUGAGAUACAGAACUCCUUCUACAAACUGAUGAUGGGGGACAACAAGUCAGAGAAGUUCUUUAAAGUGUUUAAUGACAGAAUGAAAGAAGCUCAGGCCGACAUUAAAGCAACGGUUUCUGUUAAUGUUGGAGAGAUGACGCACAAGGCCAACGAGAAGCUGGAGAACGGUGGCUCCACCACAAUGGGUGUACUUCCGGGUACAGGGGGUCAUCCACUGUUGGUACCAGGGGCGCCCAUUGCCCCAGGCACCUCCACCCUGCCAGCUCAACCUAUUGAAGAACAGAAGGAGGUGGAGACAGAGAUGGGACCAGCUGUUACCAUCAUGAAGCCGAUCUUGAGGUUCCUACAGCUGCUUUGUGAGAACCACAACAACGACCUACAGAACUUCCUGCGUUGUCAGAAUAACAAAGCCAACUACAACCUUGUGUGUGAGACACUUCAGUUCCUGGACAUCAUGUGUGGUAGUACGACGGGUGGCCUGGGCCUGCUGGGCUUGUACAUCAAUGAAUCAAAUGUCCACCUCAUCAUUCAGUCCCUGGAAACACUUACAGAGUACUGCCAAGGACCCUGCCAAGAGAACCAGACAUGUAUCGUGACCCACGAGUCCAACGGCAUCGACAUCAUAACGGCUCUGAUCCUGAAUGACAUCAGUCCUCUAUGUCGCUAUCGGAUGGAGAUGGUGCUGCAGCUGAAGGACAAUGCCUCCAAGCUGCUGUUGGCUCUUAUGGAGAGUCGUCACGACAGCGAGAACGCAGAGAGGAUUCUGCUGAACCUGCGGCCACGAGAGCUGGUGGAGGUGAUAAAGAAGGCCUACAACCAGGAGAGUGAAUGUGAAGAUGUGGAGGUGGAAGUUUCUCCUCGGGAGGUGGGGCACAACAUCUACAUCCUGGCUCAGCAGCUGGCGAGACACAACAAAGUCCUUCACAACCUCCUAAAACCUCAAAAGAACAAUAAAGAGGGAGAGGAGGGCAUUUCCUCAAUGCUGAACCUGAACAACCGACCUCUGUCCCAGAUGUUGAAGUCCUCAGCUCCAGCUCCUGUGGUGGAGCAGGACCCGCUGGAGUACUACGAGCAGCUAACUUCACAGAUAGAGAUUGUUCGCGAUGACCGCAGCAUGGAGCAGAUUGUGUUUCCCGUUCAUCCCAUCUGUGAGUUUCUGACAGAGGAGUCAAAGAUCAGGGUGUUCAACACCACUGAGCUGGACGAGCAGGGAUCCAAAGUCACACAUUUCUUCGAGCAAACAUCCUUCCUGCAUGGAGAAAUGGAGUGGCAGAAGAAGCUGAGGAGUAUGCCAGUGUUGUACUGGUUCUCCAGAAGGAUGACUCUGUGGGGAACAAUCUCCUUUAAACUUGCCCUCUUCAUCAACCUCAUCAUCGCUUUCUUCUACCCCUACGACUCCGGACAAGGUGCAAUCGACGACUCUCUGUUGUUGAUGCUGUUCUGGGUCCUGACCGGUCUCUCCGUCCUGGGUUUGUUCUCUCAGCGUUCUCUCACGCCGUUCACCGUCGCUCUGAUUCUCAGGUCCAUCUACCACCUAGGCAUUGGCAACACGCUAAUAGUGCUGGGAACACUUAAUCUCAUCAAUAAAGUGGUGUUUGUGGUGAGUUUUGUGGGAAACAACGGCACAUUUAUUAUGGGGUACAAGGCCAUGGUGAUGGAUGUGGAGUUCCUCUAUCACCUGGCAUACGUCCUGACGUCCACACUGGGACUCUUCGUUCACGAGCUCUUCUACAGCAUCCUGCUUUUUGACCUGAUCUACAGGGAGGAGACCCUGUUAAAUGUGAUAAACAGCGUGACGCGCAACGGGCGCUCCAUCCUGCUCACGGCACUGCUCGCUCUCAUCCUUGUGUACCUCUUCUCCAUUGUGGGCUUCCUCUUCCUGAAGGAGGACUUCAUUAUGGAGGUCGACCCGCUGGCACAGAUUGCUGCAGCUUCUCAAAAUAGUGAAGCCUCUCAGGAUUUCCUCAAGUCGUGCUCUGCAGACGGAGUCAGCUGCACUGCAGAGACCAACACUGAAGAGGAAGAGGUGCCAGACUCUGAGCGAGCAUGCGACACUCUGUUGAUGUGUAUCGUUACUGUGCUGAACCACGGACUGAGGAACGGAGGAGGAGUGGGAGACGUCCUCCGCAAACCAUCUAAGAAUGAGCCACUGUUUCCCGCUCGAGUUGUGUAUGACCUGCUGUUCUACUUCAUCGUCAUCAUCAUCGUCCUCAACUUGAUCUUCGGUGUCAUCAUCGACACGUUCGCAGACUUGAGGAGUGAGAAGCAGAAGAAGGAAGAAAUUCUGAAAACAACAUGUUUCAUUUGCGGCCUCGAGAGAGACAAGUUUGACAAUAAGACGGUGUCUUUCGAAGAACACAUCAAACUGGAGCACAAUAUCUGGAACUACCUCUACUUUAUCGUUUUGGUGCGCGAGAAAAACAAGACGGACUACACAGGACCGGAGAGCUACGUGGCUCACAUGAUCAAGAACAACAACCUGGACUGGUUUCCACGGAUGCAGGCCAUGUCACUGGUGGUAACAGACAGCGAUGGCGAGCAGAACGAGAUGAGGCAGUUACAGGACAAACUGGUAUCAACCAUGAAGGUGGUCACAACCCUGACCGCCCAGCUGACGGAGCUCAAAGAGCAGAUGACGGAGCAGAGGAAGAGGAGGCAGAGGAUGGGCUUUGUCGACGUCCAGGGCGGAGCGAGCGGCGCGGUGCCUCCCAGCGCCGCAGGAGGAAACCAUCAGAUCUACAAAACAUAAAGACACUCGACACAUUGGCACACAGACGGAUUUGAUGUUCACUACAUGGUCAUCUCUAGAUCUGUAGGCCAUCCAGCUGGACUGAUGGACACAAAGACAGAAACACUAGAACAGCUGAAGCACCUGCAGCUUUCACACAGUUUCAUAGCGGCAAAUAUCCAACAGAUUAACGUUCUGAUUGUCAGCAGAUUGCUGGUUGACAAUAAUAAUCGGAAUAGCUGAUCUGACUCUCUUAAACCUGCAGCUUCUUCCCUGCUCAGGUCACAGGACAAAUUUAGCCCUAAAUUUUCCCAUUCCAGGUGUUCUUCACGGCCCAGGUUAAAAUAAAGCAGCUGUGGUUUUCUUUGUGCAGCAGAAGUUUGUGGAUUCUUUCCACCUGGUCAAUUUUAAAUUAAGUGUAUUUUAUUAAGCUUACUUCUUGUGGAAGCAGCACAUAUUAAAGGUUUAUGGCUUCAAGUGAAAAAUACAUGUGUAAAAGAAAUUAGCCAGCACAUGGCUAUUUUAUUUAUGCAGUGCAUUGCACAGCAUGUCCAAAAAUAAUUCCUAAAGUAAUUCCUUGAUUGCUAAACUAACACGAAGCUGCCUGAAAACAGCCCACAAGUAAGUUCAGAGAGAAAAACACAGCUAAACUGUUUUAAAUCAGAUCUGGAACCUUUCACAACCAGGGUGAGAAGAAAAGCCCUAACGUGAGUGUAAGACCCGGCAAAGACCCCAUAAUAGUAUUAUUAUUAUUAUUAAUCAUAUUCAUCUCAAUGAAAACAUUAGGGAUGGUUAUCAUUUUUCAACACAUUAAUUUUAAAAAGUGUAAUAAUAAAAAUGUAUGUUUGGCGCGCUGAUACUACCAGAGGUAGCUGUAAUGCACUAAAAUCAUUGCCAGCAACAACCAAACAACAAAAGUAGAAGAAAAAGUGAGUUGCUAACCAAUGUUUGACCAAUAAAAUGAAGCGAGAUUAAAAUGAGCCUCUGCUGCACAAACAGGGAAACACAAAGCCAAAGAUGGGCGCAGCUGUCAAAAGUCUUCUUCAGCUCUUAUUCAAAGAAAUAUUGAUAUAAUAACUGGCUAGCACGUGAGUCUAAGGAGCUUGGAGAGAAAAGUGUCUGGACUUCUUUAUUUGUCUUGAAGACGUUUCACCUCUCAUCCGAGAAGCUUCUUCAGUUCUGAGGUCAAAUGGUGGAGAGUCCCAGAUUUUUAAGCUCUUAGCUUUUGAGGUGAAACAUGUAACUUCAACUAACUUAAAGAAGUCCAGGCGCUUUUCCCUCCAAGCUCCUUAGACUACGAUGACCUGGAUGACUGAGAACCUUCACAGAUAUAGCUAGCACAAGUCUGCCACAGUUAUACAAGUCAUUUCAGAUCAGUGUGGGCUGGGUGACUGUUUUAAAAAUAAAAUAUGAAACACAAGGCGAUUACGCUCUGACACAAACAUCUGGAGACAGAAUAGUUCAUUGCUGUUAGGCUUCAAGUCUUCCUGAAGGUCGCGGGUAACUUGUGAAUUCUCAAGCCUCUGUAGAUGAUGACAAAAAAAACAUGUAGGCACGUGGACAUCUGUGAACCUCUCGCUCGCCCACUCAUGAAAAACUCCAUUGACCCAAGUGUACCCACAGAUGCACAAACUAUAACACACAAAUGUCCACAUCACGUACCUGGUUUGAAGAAAUGUUUGACUGUCCAGACGGCUGUACUUAGAAAUUUAUCAUCUAGCUUUUUAGUUUUUAAUAUUUCAGAAAUCUGCUCAUUAAUGAGCACACAAGAAAUAAGCUGUAGAUGCCGGCAUCCACACAGUAGGGGGCGCUGUAGGAAGCAGUUCGUGCAUUUUGUGUCACAUCUUUGGGUUUUUAAGAUGCAGUCAGACAAAAAUGGGAGCGUCAUGGUGCAGCUGGAAAACCUCAGUUGUUGUUUUUUUUUGCUUCUUUUUAUCUAAACAGAAAAUGAGUUCAAUUUAAAUUAUUACUUAGACAGAAUGUUUGAUGGCUUUAGUGAUAAAGAGCAAAAAGACUAAACUUCCUGUUUUGGGGUGAGCUCAAGUUUCUACCAAGUUUAAUAAAAACUGCUAACGUGUGCAAAUGUGUGUUUGUAAAACUAACCUUCGACUCACUUUAAUAACUUUAAGAAAAUGUAAAUAGAAAGAAACAUGCAGCUUGUGUUUGCCAAUUUCAUUUGUGCUUCUGUUUGUAAAGCGAGCUGAACACAGAUGUGUGUUUUUGUUUUUUUAAAUUGUACAUCUGGGAAACUUGUAGGAUUUAAGGUUUGUGUGAGAUCAGACAGAAGCUAUGGUUUGUUUUUCUUUAACGCUGUAACAGACGCUGGAUGAUGGAUUUAUGAGUAGAAAUGUCAUUUAGCUUUUUCAUUGAGAAACAGACGAGUGAGAAGUAUGAAGACGAAAAUCCACGUUUUCUCACGUUUACAUUGAAUAAACUGUAUUUAAUGCAAACGAUUCAGUUUUAGAUUUAAAAUGCAAAUAUUAAAGUUAAAUGGUUUCACUUUAA